AAUUUAUUUUAGUCUUUUGCUUCAGCUUCAGAUUUCUCUGAAUCCACAAGUCCUCAGUCUGGUCGGCAGCCCUCUGUCAUCGCCAUCGUAACCUAUCUCUCAGUCAGUCAGUCUCGCUUCUACACAGACGGACGUCAAACUCACCGCUUCUCAGUCCUCAUAGGCUUCAUCUGAAUUAGGGUUUUAGGGUUAAAGAAUUGAGAUGUCGAGCUUUCAUGUUGGAGGGAAAGUGGUGGAGAGAGUGGAUUUGUUGAGGAAGAAGCAUUGGGCAUGGCGUUUGGAUGUAUGGCCUUUUGCUAUUUUAUACGUUCUCUGGGUUACUACUAUUGUCCCAAGCAUUGAUAUUGCAGAUGCUGCCAUUGUCCUUGGUGGCCUUCUGGCUCUUCACAUUCUGGUCUGGCUUUUUACUGCAUGGUCUGUCAAUUUCAAAUGUUUCGUUCAGUUUAGUAAGGUUCAUGAUAUUCACCUUGCAGAUGCUUGUAAAAUAACUCCGUCAAAGUUUUCCGGUUCCAAAGAAGUAGUGCCGCUGCAUUUUCGUAAACAGUUGGAAGGUUCUUCAUCCUUGGGGGACAGAGAAGAGAUUUACUUUGAUUUUAGAAAGCAGCGCUUCAUCUAUUCAAAAGAGGAGGAGACAUUUUGCAAGCUUCCUUACCCUACCAAGGAAACGUUUGGCAACUAUCUUAAAAUUACUGGUCAUGGCUCUGAGGGUAAAGUAGUAGCUGCUACUGAAAAGUGGGGGCGGAAUGUAUUUGAAUAUCCGCAACCUACAUUCCAGAAAUUAAUGAAAGAGCACUGCAUGGAGCCUUUUUUUGUAUUUCAGGUCUUCUGUGUAGGACUCUGGUGUUUGGAUGAGUAUUGGUAUUACAGUUUGUUCACUUUGUUCAUGCUGUUUAUGUUUGAGUCAACAAUGGCAAAAAGUAGGUUGAAGACUCUAAGUGAGUUAAGGCGUGUUAGAGUUGAUAGCCAGAUCCUUUUGGUCCAUCGCUGUGGGAAGUGGGUGAAACUUCCUGGGACUGAUCUUUUGCCUGGCGAUGUUGUGUCCAUUGGGCGCUCCUCUGGUCCGAGUGGAGAAGAUAAGUCAGUGCCUGCAGACAUGCUUUUAUUAGCCGGAAGUGCCAUUGUAAAUGAAGCUAUUCUCACAGGCGAGUCUACUCCACAAUGGAAGGUUUCUAUCAUGGGUAGAGGAACUGAGGAGAAGUUAUCAAUUAAGCGGGAUAAAAGCCAUGUUCUAUUUGGUGGGACUAAAAUAUUGCAACAUACCCCAGAUAAGACCUUUCCUUUGAGAACGCCUGAUGGUGGCUGUGUGGCUGUUGUUCUACGUACUGGGUUUGAAACAAGCCAGGGGAAACUGAUGAGGACAAUUUUAUUUUCCACAGAUAGGGUUACUGCCAAUAGCUGGGAAAGUGGACUCUUCAUUCUAUUUUUAGUUGUCUUUGCAGUUAUUGCUGCUGGUUAUGUACUUAAAAAGGGACUGGAAGAUCCCACAAGGAGCAAAUACAAACUUUUCCUAAGUUGUUCGCUUAUUAUAACUUCUGUGAUCCCACCUGAGUUGCCCAUGGAAUUAUCAAUAGCAGUCAAUACAUCUCUUAUUGCAUUGGCACGACGUGGAAUAUUUUGUACUGAACCCUUUCGCAUUCCGUUUGCUGGGAAAGUUGACAUAUGUUGUUUUGAUAAAACUGGAACGCUUACUUCAGAUGACAUGGAGUUCUGUGGAGUUGUAGGGUUGAAUGACGGAAUGAAUUUAGAAUCUGAUAUGACUAAAGUGCCUGUUCGAACUGUGGAAAUUUUGGCUUCUUGUCAUGCGUUAGUGUUUGUGGACAACAAACUGGUUGGUGAUCCUCUUGAGAAGGCUGCACUUAAAGGGAUAGACUGGAGUUACAAAUCUGAUGAGAAGGCCAUGCCAAAAAGGGGAGGUGGCAAUGCUGUGCAGAUUGUCCAAAGGCAUCAUUUUGCAUCCCAUUUAAAACGAAUGGCAGUUGUUGUUCGCAUACAGGAUGAAUUUCUUGCUUUUGUGAAGGGGGCACCAGAAACUAUUCAGGAUAGACUUAUUGAUUUGCCACAAUCUUAUGUUGAUACUUAUAAGAAAUAUACACGCCAAGGUUCUCGGGUUCUGGCCCUUGCUUUCAAGUCCCUUCCGGACAUGACAGUUAGUGAGGCUAGAAGCUUGGAUAGAGAUGUAGUAGAAAGUGGCCUUACUUUUGCUGGUUUUGCGGUAUUUAAUUGUCCUAUAAGAGCAGAUUCAGCCACCAUUUUAUCUGAAUUAAAGAAUUCAUCACAUGACUUGGUGAUGAUCACGGGUGACCAGGCUUUGACAGCCUGCCAUGUUGCUAGCCAAGUGCAUAUCAUAUCAAAACCAGCAUUAAUUCUUGGUCGAGCCAGGCAUCCUGAAGGAUAUGAAUGGAUAUCACCAGAUGAGGCAGAGAAAAUCCAUUACAAUGAUAAAGAGGUUGGAGCUUUAUCAGAAACUCAUGAUCUCUGCAUUGGAGGUGACUGCAUUGAGAUGUUGCAGCAGAGUUCUGCUGUUCUUCGAGUCAUUCCUCAUGUCAAGGUCUUUGCAAGAGUUGCUCCUGAGCAAAAGGAACUAAUUAUGACUACUUUCAAAACAGUGGGAAGGAUAACAUUGAUGUGUGGGGAUGGAACCAAUGAUGUUGGAGCUUUGAAGCAGGCCCAUGUAGGAGUUGCAUUAUUGAAUGCGGUGCCUCCUGCACAAAGUGGAAACUCUUCCACAGAAAUAUCUAAAGAUGGAAACCCUAAGUUUAUCAAAUCAAAAAAAUCAAAACCCAUAUCAGAAGUGGCAGGCAAAUCUAGUAAUCUAAAUGGGGAAGGUUCUAUGAAAGGCAAGGUUGUUGCAAAAUCAGAUUCCAGUAGCCCCUUAGUUGGUAACCGUCCUCAGACGGCUGCAGAAGUGCAACGACAGAAGCUGAAAAAACUUAUGGAUGAGAUGAAUGAGGAAGGCGAUGGUCGCUCAGCUCCCAUUGUGAAGCUUGGUGAUGCUUCAAUGGCCUCUCCUUUUACAGCAAAACAUGCUUCAGUUGCCCCUACGACCGACAUAAUUCGUCAAGGUCGCAGUACCCUUGUUACUACUCUCCAGAUGUUUAAAAUACUGGGCCUUAACUGCCUUGCUACGGCAUAUGUGUUGAGUGUCAUGUAUUUGGAUGGUGUCAAGCUUGGUGAUGUUCAGGCCACAAUCAGCGGUGUCUUUACUGCAGCUUUUUUUCUAUUUAUCUCACAUGCUCGCCCCCUUCCCAUUCUUUCAGCGGAACGGCCCCACCCCAAUAUUUUCUGCUUCUACGUCUUCCUUUCUCUCAUGGGACAGUUUUCAGUCCACCUGUUUUUCUUGAUAUCUUCUGUCAAAGAGGCGGAGAAGUAUAUGCCCGAUGAAUGCAUUGAGCCAGAUUCUGAUUUUCAUCCCAAUCUGGUGAACACAGUUUCAUAUAUGGUGAGCAUGAUGCUCCAGGUGGCCACUUUUGCUGUGAAUUAUAUGGGCCAUCCUUUCAACCAGAGCAUCACAGAAAAUAAACCAUUUUUGUAUGCCCUAUUGGCUGCUGUAGGUUUCUUCACGGUUAUCACUUCUGAUCUAUUCAGGGACUUGAAUGACUGGUUAAAAUUGGUGCCAUUGCCCCCAGGAUUGAGGAAUAAGCUUUUGGUUUGGGCAUUUCUUAUGUUUUUGGUCUGCCACACGUGGGAGAGAUUGUUGAGAUGGGCUUUCCCAGGUAGGAUUCCAGCUUGGAGAAAAAGACAACAGCUGGCUGAAGCUAAUUUAGGGAAGAAGAAAAAUGUCUAGCAUCAAUUGUGGGGCAGCAGUUCUUGCAGAGACUCAGACCAGUGCUGAUAGAACAAGUAGCUGAGUCCAGAAGCAUUAGAACGCUAAUUGAAAUUUUAUCCGCAUUGAUAGAAAAUUUUUGUCUACUUUUUGGAGAGCGAAUGAAUGUAUUUUUUUGACGAAUUUCAUUACCAAGCAGUCACUAUACAAUGUCUUUGAACAAGGUCGCCUAAGAAGAAUAGUUUUAAUCUUAAAUUUGGCCAGUUAACGGUCUCAGAAAUCAUACUUGUUAUUUUACCAUUUUGUAAGUUAAUUUUAUGAAGGCAUGUGGUUUUCUUUAA